AUGGUGUAUCAAGAUCAUUUAACAAAAUUUGUUGUUUUAAAACCACUUAAAACAAAACGAGCUGAGAAAGUGACUCACACUUUAUUGGACAUAUUUACUCUACUUGGUGCUCCUGCAAUACUUCAGUCUGAUAACGGCAGAGAAUUUUCCAACCGAAUUAUUGAUAAUUUAAAAACAUAUUGGCCUACUUUAAAAAUUAUUCAUGGUAAACCCAGGCAUUCGCAAAGUCAGGGGAGUGUGGAAAGAGCAAAUCAGGAUAUUGAAAAUAUGUUGACCACGUGGAUGCAAGACAAUAAUAAUUCACAUUGGAGUGAGGGUUUGAGAUUUGUGCAACUCAUAAAAAACAGAGCUUUUCACGAUGGUAUUAAGCAAUCUCCUUAUGAGGCACUUUUUGCGUGUAAAGUAAAAGUUGGGUUACAGUUACCCAAUGAUUUCACGCAAAAUGUAGAAACUAUAGAAGAUUUGGAGAAAAUUAUACAGGACCUUACCAAAAACGAAGAAAAUCCCGAAAUCACUGCAUGUGAAUUCUCUAAGGUGAACACGGAGGCAAGUCAAGUUUCUAACAACGAUUCAGAUCAACCCGAAACAAAUACGCAACCUCCAGCUUGCACCCUCCAAUGCAGCGUCUGUUCACAAGAAACUACAGAGGCUCAUACAUGUAGAGAAUGUGUAUGUGCAAUCCACGCUAUUUGCGCUGUUGCUGAAGAAUCAUCUGAUGAAGGAUUUGGAUCUAAAGUUUUUUGUCUAUUAUGUUUAAAAAAAUAUAAAGUACAAGAUAAUCGUCAAAGUGCUAAGAAAACCCUACAACAGCAGGCUGAAAAAAUGCUAAAAUCGAGUGAAAAGAAGUUUGCUCUUGUACCUAUUGGCACUUCUGUACGAAUUGCAGUUCCAGAGGUUGACAGAGAACGUGGUGAUGCCCGAAAUAUUAUAGGUGUAGUUUUGGCUAAAACCGAUGAUGAUCUUUAUCAAAUUGGUACCAAGAACGGAAUCUUAAAACAAGUAUAUUCUCGAUCUCAGAUUAAUGUGUGUCCAAGAGCUCUUCUUGAUACAGACGAUGUACCGAGUACGGAGAUAGCACUACGGUCAGUUGCUAACCUACAAUCCACUGGAACCGGCCAGGGAUUUAAAAAGUGCCAUUGCAAAAAAAACUGUACUACAGCAAGAUGUCUGUGCUAUAAAAAUAAAUUAUUGUGUACUUCCAAGUGCCAUUCUGGCUUACCCUGCAAAAAUAAAUAG